GCUGUCUGUCUGCUGCUGCUGCUUCUCAUCGCAUCACCGUUGGAGGGUUGAGGCUGCACCUUCUGCCUCUCUGACAGACGGACCUGGGGGGGAACCAGACCAGACCAGACGCCGGGCUCGCCUCCGGAGCCCUCCAUAUGGGCUCAGCAUGCGCAGGAUACGGGCCAACGCCAUCGCCAUUCUGACCGUCGCGUGGAUCCUAGGCACCUUUUAUUACCUGUGGCAGGACAACAAGCCGCAGUCAUCUCCGGCGUCAUCCGCAGCGCAGACCCGAGGCGGGGGCAGGGGGAGCCACGGGGGGCUGAAGGGACCGGGACGGCUCGAGAUCCACCGGGACGACCGGACCAUACCGCUCAUAGUGACCCAGCCCCCGCGGGCGGAGCAGCAGGGACAGCUGCUGGGCGGCUUCGAUGAGAAGGCUUACCUGGCGGCGAAGCAGCUGAAGCCGGGGGACGACCCGUACAGAGAACACGCCUUCAACCUGCAGGAGAGCGACCGGCUGGGCAGCGAGCGAGCCAUCAGAGACACCCGACACUACAGGUGCGCGUCUCUGAAUUAUGACACAGACCUUCCCUCCACGAGUAUCAUCAUCACUUUCCACAAUGAGGCUCGCUCUACUCUCCUUCGCACGAUCAAAAGUGUCUUGAUGCGAAGUCCUCCAUCUCUGAUCCAAGAGAUAAUCCUGAUAGAUGACUUCAGCUCUGACCCUGAGGACUGCCAGCUGCUGUCUCAGAUCCCCAAAGUGCGCUGCCUGAGGAACGGCAGGAGAGAGGGUCUGAUCCGAUCACGUGUGCGAGGAGCCAACACGGCUUCGGCCUCCAUCUUGACCUUCUUGGACAGCCACUGCGAGGUCAACGCCGAUUGGCUGCAGCCCAUGAUCCAGAGAGUGAAGGAGGACCAUACGCGGGUGGUCAGCCCCAUCAUAGACGUCAUCAGCCUGGAUAACUUCGCCUAUCUGGCUGCCUCUGCGGACUUGAGAGGAGGAUUUGACUGGAGUCUCCACUUCAAAUGGGAGCAGAUUCCCAUCGAGCAAAAAAUGGCGAGGAGCGACCCGACACAGGCAAUCAGGACUCCCGUCAUCGCUGGUGGGAUCUUCGUCAUGGACAAGAGCUGGUUCAACCACCUGGGCCAGUAUGACACCCACAUGGACAUCUGGGGAGGGGAGAACUUUGAGCUUUCUUUCCGGGUGUGGAUGUGCGGAGGAAGCCUGGAGAUUCUUCCCUGCAGCCGCGUGGGUCACGUGUUCAGGAAACGACACCCGUACGACUUCCCAGAAGGCAAUGCCCUCACCUACAUUAAGAACACCCGGCGGGCUGCUGAGGUGUGGAUGGACGAGUAUAAACAGUACUACUACUCCGCCAGGCCGUCGGCCCAGGGCAAGGCCUUUGGCAGCAUUGCAGACCGUCUGACUCUGCGGCGGAAGUUGAACUGCAAACCUUUCCGCUGGUACAUGGAGAACGUCUAUCCUGAGCUGAGGGUCCCCGAGCAGGAAGCGGUGUCCAGUGUGCUGAAACAAGGUGGUUUGUGUCUGGAGACCCGUGGGACCGACGCCCUCGGCCUGGCAGAGUGCAGGGGCAUCGGAGGCAUCAGGCCGCAGUCGCAGCGAUGGGAACUAAUAGAGCCGCUGCUCCGGCAGCAGGACCUCUGCCUGGCCAUUUCAGCCUUCACAGCAGGGUCAAAGGUCAAGAUGGAGACCUGCAAUAACAAAGAGCCCAGACAGAAGUGGAAGCCUAAAGGCACGGCUCUGCAGCACAUGGUCAGCGGCCUCUGCCUGGACAGCCAGACGCCGACAGGCCCUCCGGUCAUCACGCAGUGUCGCCCCCAGAUGGCGAGCCAGUCCUGGGAGCCGCAGAUCAUCACCUGAGCCACGGCGGACGGGGACGAGGGGAGAGGAGAGAGGAACGGAUUGUGGACCCGACCUGCAGAGGGACUCAUGGGGAUCACAUCUGCACACUGUCUGUCGCCUUGCCGAGGGAUGAACGAAGUGAGGACUGUCCUGUUGUGAUGUCGACUUCAAGCUCCUGCUCAUUGGUGACAAGAGAAAACAUUUGAAGGCCUCGUUGAGGUCUUUUCUGUACAGUGCUCCAUCCUCCGAGGAUGCUGCAGUUCUUCUACGUAAUCUAAGCUUUUCACUGACAACUGUCGCACAUCUCACUUUUUCAUUUCUGUAUCUAUCCUGGUCGACAAUGUGCUUAAAAUCAGAGUAGAGAGGAUCGCCUCGACACAUAUGAGUGCAUACUGUACUGUAGCUAAUGUGUCGAGGUGGACCUGAGCUACUCCGAGUCAAAGCCACUGCUGUCUUGUUGCCUAGUCUUAGGUGGAGGCAUGUGUGAUGACCAGGGCAGCUUUAUGUAUAGCCAACUAAAAUCUGAGCUUUUUUUUUUUAUUAUUGCUCAACAGCAGUCUUGACACCACCAUGCAAAGCACCGUCAGGAACAUUAUUUAUUGUUUUGCAUGGUCGGACCCAAAGAAUGUUUUUCUUUUUCUGUCUCUCUACAAAGUUUUAUGUAAAUAUUUGGAGCAGAUAUGGUUUUUGUGUCAAGUACUAUAUAUGUUGUUUGAAAAAUAAAAUGUGGUAACAAAGGAA